AUGAAUUCCAUGAUUCAAAGAUGUAAAGAAAUUCAUAUUUAAAAUGAAGAAAUCAUUUUUAAUAACCAUUGCAAUGAGAAAUACUGGUAUUCAAAUUAAUCCCAAAUUAUGGGUAGUAGUCAUUUAGAUGUACAAGAUAUUGAACCAAUACAAAAAUAUCAUAAACAUUCUUAUCUUCCAUUGGAAAGAAUUAAAAUUUACUUUAAACAAAUCAACAGGAGGAAGAUUUGUUCCUAGACUAUUUUUCUGGAUUUGGUAUCAGGUCUAUAAUAAAAUAUAUGAAUAAUAGGAACAAUUGGACUCAAUGAGAGGUAGAAACAUUGGGACAAUUCUUCAGACCAGAUAUCUUUGGAAUGGAAAAAUCAUAUAUGACAACAGCUUGGUCAAAGGGUCACUACACUAGAGGCGCAGAAUUUAUUGAUUAAGUUAUGAUUGUAGUUAGAUAAAAAGCUGAAGGAUGCGAUUGCUGA